GCGAUUCCAAACAAGGCCUGCCGUCCGUGGCCGUCGUAGCUCGGGCGCAUUAGAUAUGGGCAGGAAGGAACAAGGGUGUGGGUGGCUACUCCUCCAGUCUCUCCCACACACACACACACACACCUUGCGCGUGCCUGCACAUUCCUCGAUUCCUCCGUCCCAUGGCGUCUGGCUAGCUCGGAGCUGCUGAGUUGUGUCAACUUUUUUUGUGUGGCAAGUACUGUCGCGAGCAAGCUGGCAUAUCGGAGCUCCAGCCAUCACCAAACAACAACCUCAGCCCCAACAUUGCGCCUUCGAAGCUGUUCCUCCUGCUCCUCGACUCCGCCCCCGACCCCGACCACACGAUACACACGACACACACGACACACACGAUCGGCUUUGCCGUAAUGGUCGCCAGGCUGUCAACGACAUCAUGAUAGACUCCGAAAACCUGCGCACAGCGUCGCUGUACAUAAACAACCAGCUGCUAUGCCGGGGCCUGCUGCGCGAUGGCCGGGCCAUCGACUUCUCCGACCCGGGCUACAGUGACCAUGAGCUUGCCGAUACCAUGGGCCGCAUCAUGGGCGUCGUCAACGACCUGAUCCUGCGCCGCGACCGCGACGCCGAGCACCGCGAGGCCCUCUCCACAACCCUGCGCUCCGUCCGCGCCGACUCUCUCCGCCAGACCGACACCCUCUCGCGCCUGCACGACAGGUACACCGAGGCAGAGCGCAAGAUAGCCCUGCACGACGCCGAGGAGGCCGCCCUGCGGUCCCAGCUCAAGAAUGCCGACGCCACCAUCCAGAAGCUCAAGGACGAGGCCGCACGCUCCAAGAAGCUGGUCGCCGAGACGAGGGCCGCCUGCGCCAAUGAGGUGCGCAAGCGGGACAGGCAGAUCGACGCCCUGAAGAAGGCUGUCACCGACGCAGGCCGCGCCAGGGGCGAACGCAAGGGCAACACCAUCACGACGAUCCAGGUGGCCGGGGAGAUUGGUGCCGAGGACAUGAACGCCGGUGCUUCCACCACGGACCAGGGGUACAACCUGCGCGAGGAGACCAACGCAUUCCUGGCCCAGCUGGCCAGGGGCCUCAGUGAGGAGAAUGAGACCCUUCUCUCUCUUAUUCGAAAGACAGGCGACAGCCUCAAGGAGAUGAGCGGCUGGGACAAGGAGGACGGCGCUGCCGGCAACAAGAGCGUUAAUCACGCUGUUGUGCUGGCCACGAGCCCCGAAGACAUGGCCAACGACAUGACCAGCGUGCUCGAGCACGUGCGCGCCUUGCUCACCAACCCGUCAUUCGUGCCAAUGGAGGAGGUCGUUGUGCGGGAGGAAGAGAUCUUCCGCCUGCGUGAUGGCUGGGAGAAGAUGGAGACCAGGUGGAGAGAUGCGGUGCAUCUCAUCGACGGCUGGCGCCGUAGGAUGGCUGCCGGCGGUCACCCGGUCGACAUCGAGGAGCUGAAGAUGGGGUUGCGUCUGAGCCCGGUUCGGGUGCAGAAUACGGACAAGCCGUCUGCGAACGACCCCUUCCAACUAUCGACGCUUCAAGAAGAGGAAGAAGAAGAGCAAGGACAGGCCGAAGAGGAGGAGGACGACGAAGAAGACGACGACGAGAAUGAAGACGACUACGGCGAAGAGGAUCAAAUGGACUUCAAGCCGGAAGAACCACCGAGCCGCGAAGGAUCAUUGCACCUUGUUCCCGCCCCAGGCUACGAGGACAUGGCGCCCGAGUACGAGGGAGCUCAAGACGAUGGCGACGAAAGCGACGCGGCAUCUAGCAUCUUCCAAGAUGACGUCGAGGACAUUGAUAUGGACGAGUUGCAAGCAUCUGAGCCGAAUAUUGAGAUCCUCCAGCAUUCCACCGGGCUUUCGGAUGACACCAACUCCAUGACGCUUCCGCCACCACCAAAGAUCACACCACUAGAAGAGACAGCCGUUUCAGGGAACCGGAAACCAUCGGCAAGACUGACCGAGAAAUCGAGAAAACGGUCAUCAGAGCUCAUGCGAGACGCUUCGACUGAGAGCGCCAGGGCACCACCACCACCACCACCACCGCACCGCGUGAAAGAGGGCGAGUCACCACAAAAGAGGCUCAAGGUCUCUGCAGACGGACAGAGCGACCAGCCAAAGUCGAGACCAAAUUCUGCCAUAUUCACCGACCCUGGAUCUUCAUACGACACGCCCGAGUCCUCAGUUUCCAAAUCCUCGACAAAGACGACCGUCAAGUCUACUCGGUCUGACGUGUCGGCUAAGAAAGACACGCCAACGCAGAGCAAGCCUUCCGCAAGAGUCACCCGGGCGACCCAGGCUCAGGCGCAGGAGAAGAAGGACACCCCGACGAGGACAAUCACCCGUCAAAAGUCAACCAGGGCCAUUGCUCCCACCAACGCGUCAUCUGCGCGAUCCGCCGCCACGAGACAAGAAACAAGCAGGGCACGGGCCCCACCAGCACCGACAACCAGCAGGGCGGAAAUGCCCCCUCCGCCCCGCCCGGGCAAGUCCACCCCGAGCAACGACAAGUCCCUGCGGCCCCCACCACCCCAGAACGACGCGAAGAAGCCCUCGCCCAGGGAAAAGCAACAGCAGGCCCCGCCAAUCACCACCACGGCCGCGCCCACGGAGCCAGAGCCCUCCUCAUCCUCCGCCUCCGCCUCCGCCAGGCGCCCAGCCCCGGAGUCCCCGACCCGCUCCCCGGGGAAGGCGGGCUCCCGCCUCCCGCUGCCGCGCAACAUAGCGCCCCCGCCACAGCAGUCCCCGCUGACGAUGGCGCGCAUAGCAGCCAAGCUCGCCGCCUCGGAGCGCGAGGCCGACGCCGCCCGCGUCAGGGCCAAGCUGAGGGCCGCGCGCCUGAACCAGGGAGGCGGCGGCGGGGGCGGCGGCGGGGGCUCGACGUCCACGGUGGCCAGCAGCAGCUCGCGCGUGCCGAGCGGGGGGUCCGCCGCCGCCGCCGCAGCCGCCGAUGACGUCGGGGAGGUGGGGGGAGGAGACCCCACCAAGAAAGACCGCGCCGUGUCCGGGGGGUCGGCGGCGAGCGGCAGCGGGAGCGGGGGCGGCGCGAGCCUCAGCACGGACGAGAACGGGCUGCGGGGCGGGGUCUCGGUGCUCGGGGCGAGCGGCGGGGAUGAUGAUGACGACGAGGAGGACCGCGGCAGGGCGGUGGUGGUGGCCCCGUCGUCGUCGGCGGCGCGCAAGGCCGCUGCCGCACCUUUGUCGCCCAGGAAAAACCCCGCCGCCGCCGCGGCACCACCACCUCAUGCGCCCAGCCCUGGCAGGCCGGCCGUCCGGAAGCGCGAGGUGCGCGGCAGGGCGGCCAAGGCGGCCAACAGGCGGCGGAGCACGCUGAGCCCGUGGGAGCUGCAGAGCCUUAUUGCUGGCGAGGUGGUGCCCCCCACGCCUGGGCUGCCGGGGCCGGGGUCGGGUGCGCGGGAGGGGGAGGGGGAGUGAGUUUGUUCGGUGGUUGGGUUUCUUGGAGACGGGUCUGUUCAUAAGGAAGGAGAGGGGGUUUUGGUCUUUGAGUUGAUGAUGAUAUCCUGAGGUUGGUGGUGUGUUUUUUUACGUGCCUGCAUACAUGUGUGGUGUGUGCAGAGAGAAGAUGUGGGAAGUGGUUGUGUUGGUGUGGGAAGAAGACUACUACUACUACAUUUGGUGUUUGCUUGGUUCUGGGUUUCUGUUGAUCGUUUCUUAUUCUUCUCAUUUUUCUUCUUGUUCUUGGUUUUUGGUCUUGGUCUUUUGGCAUUGCGGACUGGAAAGGAAAUAAUGACUUCAUGUUCACGGCCCCUUGAUCAUGUUAUGAGUGCUGCAUGUCCCCCGGCUCCAACCCACCUUCCCCCA